GCACCAGGAAGCCCGCCUCUGGUUUUAAGAUGUUAGGCCAACAGGGAAGCGAGGAGCCGCAGUGCUGGUCCUUCGCUGGCCCAGGUGCCGGGAGCUGAGCUGCGGCGAGGCCGGGCUCCAGCUCGACGAUCCGUGGGGCCGUGCGUGUGCCCGACGCGGAGGGUGCGACCGGAGGCUCGCGCCGCCGCCGCCGGGAUCCAAUAUCAGCUACCUGUCCCUGUCACUCUUGACACUUCGCUGUCAGGGCUGCGCGCGGGGGGCGGGCAGAGCGCGCUCCGCGUUAGCUUUCCUUAUUGGAGGGGUCCUCGGGAGAGGGAGGGGGUGAAGAAAGGGGUCUUUGCCCACUCUCGUUUCGCUUUGGAACUUGCAAGCCGGCUCCCCAAAGACGCUCGGAGCUGUGCCCUCCCGACCUCGUUCGCAUGGCUCCGUUGGCCCGCUGACAUUCGGCCGCCGGAACCUUCCGCUUAAGCCUGCCGAAGGAGACGGGGCGGCGAGGCUGGAGCGCUCCGCGGGGGUUGUGUUCGCCGGCUCUGCCCGCGGCAGACACCGCGGGGAAGCUCCGCGCCCAGGGCGCAGCGCGGCCCGGGACUGGCAGGGCGGCGCGCUGCUCCGUCCAUGAACUGCAUGAAAGGCCCGCUGCACUUGGAGCACCGAGCAGCAGGGACCAAGCGGUUGGCUGCCUCCGCGUCCUCCGCCUGUCACCAUCCCCAGCCACAGGCUAUGGCUUCGGUCCUAGCUCCCGGCCAGACCCGCGCCCUGGACUCUUCCAAGCACAGAUUGGAGGUGCACACCAUCUCUGACACCUCCAGCCCCGAGGCCGCAGAGAAAGACAAGAGCCAGCCGGGGAAGAAUGAGGACGUGGGCGCCGAAGACCCGUCCAAGAAGAAGCGGCAGCGGCGGCAGAGGACUCACUUCACCAGCCAGCAGCUGCAGGAACUGGAGGCCACUUUCCAGAGAAACCGCUACCCGGACAUGUCCACGCGCGAGGAAAUCGCCGUGUGGACCAACCUUACGGAAGCUCGAGUCCGGGUUUGGUUCAAGAAUCGCCGGGCCAAAUGGAGAAAGCGGGAGCGCAACCAGCAGGCCGAGCUGUGCAAGAACGGCUUCGGCCCGCAGUUUAACGGGCUCAUGCAGCCCUACGACGACAUGUACCCGGGCUAUUCGUACAACAACUGGGCCGCCAAGGGCCUCACGUCGGCCUCCCUGUCCACCAAGAGCUUCCCUUUCUUCAACUCGAUGAACGUCAACCCCCUGUCGUCGCAGAGCAUGUUCUCCCCGCCCAACUCCAUCUCCUCCAUGAGCAUGUCGUCCAGCAUGGUGCCCUCCGCGGUGACCGGCGUCCCCGGCUCCAGCCUCAACAGCCUGAAUAACUUGAACAACCUGAGCAGCCCGUCGCUGAAUUCCGCGGUGCCGACGCCCGCCUGCCCUUACGCGCCGCCGACUCCCCCGUACGUUUAUAGGGACACGUGUAACUCGAGCCUGGCCAGCCUGAGACUGAAAGCGAAGCAGCACUCCAGCUUCGGCUACGCCAGCGUGCAGAACCCGGCGUCCAACCUGAGCGCUUGCCAGUACGCCGUGGACCGGCCGGUGUGAGCCGCGCCCACAGCGCCGGGAUCCUAGCACCGUGCCGGACGGAGGGGGCAGCUCUGCCCUGGAAAGACUGGGGAUGACGCUAGAAGGUCGUGGGCACUAAAGAAAGGGACAGAAAGAGAAGACAGAGAAAAGGAAACCACUGAAUUAAAGAGAGGGAGCUCCCUUGAUUUCAAAGGAAUUGCCUCUAUACCUGACAUCUUUCACUAAAAGUAUUUCCAAAAGUUGCAAGGACACACACACACACACACACACACACACACAAAUGUUUGACUGGAUAGGACAUUUUAACAUUACUAUAAGCUUGUUAUUUUUUAAGUUUAGCGUUGUUAACAUUAAAAUUACUGAAAGGAUGUAUAUAUAUCGAAAUGUCAAAUUAAUUUUAUAAAAAGCAGUUGUUAGUAAUAUCACAACAGUGUUUUUAAAGGUUAGGCUUUAAAAUAAAGCAUGUUCUGCAGAAGCGAUUAGGAUUUUUCGCUUUCGAGCAAAGGAAUGUAUAUAUUAAAUACCACACUGUAUGUUUCUAACAUAUUAUUAUUAUUAAAAAAUGUGUGAAUAUCAGUUUUAGAAUAGUUUCUCUGGUGGAUGCAAUGAUGUUUCUGAAACUGCUAUGUACAACCUACCCUGUGUAUAACAUUUCGUACAAUAUUAUUGUUUUACUUUUCAGCAAAUAUGAAAAAAAAAAGUGUUUUAUUUCAUGGGAGUAAAAUAUACUGCAUACAAAUUGGUCUGGAUUCUUUCUGCCCUG